GCUAUGGGUAACUGACGUACGCGGAUCCUGCAGGGCAGAAGAACGUCGCUGUUUCUAUCCGUGGAUUGUAAAAGCAGGAUGAUUAGUAUGAUGCCGAAUUAUGGAACUUGACGAUUUCGGCGCCAAGCAGUAGAAACGAUACCUUGCAAAUAGCAAAAGGCACCAGAACGAUAGUGUCAGUUAAAAAGUACUAACUACCCCGUUGUGGUGCGUUCAUACCAAAUUCCUCCAAGUAGCUUUCUCGAGAAGAAAAUGCUGCACUUUUGGCUAUACACAUUGUGGAUUCCGCUGAUGACAGUUUUUGACAGAGUCUUGUCCAGCUAUUCAGAGGAUCAGUGUAGCUGGAAAGGAAGUGGUCUGUCACAGCAGCUGGGCAGUGUGGAGCAGAUCUCCCUGCAUUGCGCAGAGGGCUCCCUGGACUGGCUCUACCCAAAGGGGGCACUGCGUCUCACCCUGUCCCCCCGCCUGCCAUCGGGAGUGGUCGGGCCAGGGGGCAGCGGGCGCAGCGGGCCCGGCCACAUCACCGCCUGCGUGAAGCCUGCCGAGAGCUCCCGCGGGGCCCAGCUCUACCUGGAGCGCGACGGCGUCUUGGAGCUGCUGGUGAGCGACCGGCCAGAUGCGCAGAAGCAGCCCAGGGUCCGCUGCUUCAGCCGACAGCCGGGGGAAAGGGUGGCCCUCUACCUGCAGGCCACGCCUCACCAGGACAUCAGCCGCCGCAUCGCCUCCUUCCGCUACGAGUUGCGCGGGGACUGGAACGCGCGACUCUCCUUGGACUCCGAUCCAGUCAGCAAUGAAGGCGCCUGUAGACCCUGCAAUGACACAGAGAUACUCAUGGCUGUCUGCACCAGUGACUUUGUGGUGCGGGGGAAUAUCCGUUCUGUGGUGGAGGACAAGGACCUGCAGGCCUCUGUGAUCAAGGUGAGCGCCACCCGGGUGUUCCGGCAGAAGUACGCCUUGUUCUCUGGGUCGGGGCGUCUGGCGAAGGCGGGCGAGAUCCGCACCUUGCUGCAGUGUGGCGUGAGGAACGGCGCCGGGAGCUUCCUCUUCACGGGCCGGGUCCACUUUGGAGAGGCGUGGCUGGGCUGCGCGCCACGGUACAAGGACUUUCAGCGAGCCUACCAGCUGGCCAAGGAGGCCAGACAGAUCCCCUGUGAGUUGGCAUCUGACUGACCCUCCCUUCAUGGCAAGGUGCACUCUUACCGAAACCUGAAGCUCCUUCCCAUACCCACCCCCACACCCACCCCUCCCAUUUGAAAGAUCAGGGUCACCAGUUACAGUGAGCAGUGUCAGUGUGGCCUCUCUGUCUUCUCAUUUUUGGUAAGGGAGACAUUGAAAGUGUCCAGAUGAUGAUGGACCAUUCCACGCUCCACUGUGCAUCUCACUGGGUCAUCUUGAUUGAUUUUUCUUCCCUGAAAGAUAAUUUGGACGAACCAUUUUGGACACUUUUGAUAUGUUGGUCUACUGCCAACCAUGAGGCUGAAGAUAUUUCGCAAGCAUUCUGAGUGUUCCAUGGGGGUUUGGUCUAACAGGCCAGUCCUCCAUUCAUGGAUGUAGGAACAGGGACAGAAGUCCUGGUGUUCAGGGGAAAGAGCAGCAGUUAGGCGGGUGAUGACAAUCGUACAGACGUUUAGGAUAAUAACAAAGAAUGGGGAGUCUGCAUCAAACCUCACCACCCACAAAUUAGCUACAUCUUCUGCACUGUGAGGAACAGUCCAAAAUACUCAGGAAAUAAGUGACUGGUAGGUUCAUUCCGUCACCUUUGCAUUCCACUGUAAACACCUGCGGGUGGUCUGCGUAUUACCCACCUACCAAAGCCCCAAGGUUUUCUUUAACUAAGGUUGCUGUGAUGAAGGAAAUUCCCAUGGUGUCACAAAUAUUUUUUAUCAUGUAAUUUUCAAUUUUUUCUUGUUGUUUUG